UAGGCAACAGUUUAACACCUAUUUCACAAUAUUGGUAUUACACAACAUAAUGAUCAUAGAUGGAUUAUGUUUGAAAUGUUUGUAAAGGUGUAACACCCCAUUCAUGUUCUAAACAAACAUUACCGUCGAGGUUUGUCCUUCGUCAUUGCUAUCGCGCAACGCUUUGAUGUGAAAUUAUAUUUGAAUCCAUGGGGGACUCUGUUGGACGAGCACUGUAAACACAUGGGUUCAGAACAGAACUGGCCAACCUCUUUAAAAAAAAAAGACAACCGAGAUGCCAAGAGUCCUAGGCUUCUAGCAUAACGUGAAGCCAAGACAAACCUGUGGGGAGGUCCCCAACAGUGUGGGGUCAGCAGCAGCUGACACAAGACCCAUAAUUAUCUGGAGUCAAAGGUUAACUGAAACCUCGUUACACCUCGUCUGCACGUCCUGUAUUUGUUCACCAUUUGCCCCAUAUGACGGCUAUGUUCAACGCAUGAACUCUAGAGUUGUGAAACAACUGGAACUUUGGAGCAGCAAGCCCCCCUUCACUGUUCCUCACCCUACGAUUUCCUUUUUCUCUCUCUCCCCUACAACUCACCCAACUCUGAGCUCCUCCUCUGCUGAAAAUACACAUUUCCUGAUGUCAUUACUAAAUCAAAACCGUUGCUCAGCAAACAGAUGUGUUCAGGGGCCCAACCACAUUGUGUAGCAUAGAUUGUCCUGAGAAGACAUCUUCUAAAUCUUUUUAAAGUCACUUUAAAGGUUUUUAUUUCAUCCCAGUAAUCGACAAAGACUUGUUCUUUUGAAAAACUGCAUCUCUACUAAGGAGCUUGAGAUAUGAAUAAUUGUUUUAGUGAUGAUGAAGAGAUGGUCUAAUGCGUUGUCUUUGAAAAGCAGUAUGAAACUGAGACAGUAGUCUGCUGAGGUAACAGUCAUGCAGCUCCACAUGGCUCAAGGUACUACAUAAAGAUCCAGGAGGAGUCCACCCAUAUACCCAGGCUUAUCCUAUUGUGUGAACGCUGAAAGUCCUAGUGAGUCGGAGAUUUGCAUUACUUGCCUGUGGCUGUGGGGUAGAUAGAGAGAGUAGGUCUUUGCAAACAGCUGGCUGACUCUAAUAACAUCUUCCAGAUAUAAUGAAAUUAACCCAGAUAUGAAUCCACAGCCGUCUGCACAGCACACCCGUGCGUAAACGCCCUAGUCCUAAAUGUUUACUUAUGUUUCCGAUUUGGCAGAGGCAGCCCUCAAGGCAAAUAAAUCACCAGCUGCAUGUCGGCCAGGCCUUUGACUGUGAGAAAUUGAGACUUAAAAGCAGAACUAGAGUUAAAGAGUAAAGGGUUUUCAGAUGUGAGUCCAGCCCAACUUGGGUGUGCUCCCUUUUAUUUGAGAGAGAGAGAGAGAGUGAGAGGACAAUCUUUUGAGCCUCCACCCCUUUAAAAGGCAAGACAAUCCUAAAGAAAUGCACUGGAGAGGGGAAGAGAUUGCUGCCAAGGCGCAGGGCAGACUUACAGAUCCUCGAGGAACAUCUGGUAACCUAACCGCGGGUAACACCUAUCUGACAUCUGGUAACCGGGGGUAUGCCGCGUCUAGCUGCUUCCACCCCUGUCUAGUGUCCUGUUAUGCCUUCUAGGGCUUGGUGUAAGAAGUUCAGGCUCAGUCUAGAUGGUCGUCAGUCAGUGGGGAAAACUCUCCUAUGUUCACUUUCUCUGACAUGAAGGGAGCGCUUGGCUUCUUUGGGGUAAUCCUCUCCGUUCUCUCUGGUGUUAGCCACGAAGAGAGAGUUACCAGUGGAUUAGGUUGUGGGAAUACUUCUGUUGACUGUGAUACCUACUGUGCUUUUUGUGAGUAUUUUCCCACAAGGACGGAGUGCUACGCUGCUUUCUUUGAGAUAAAGUGCUACAGUCCUUUUGUAGGUGAUAUGGAGUCAUUAAACAACACAGAUUGGUGCAACUGGAACAAUGUGAAGCGGAUGUAUAACACCUUCACCCUGUGCACGGAAGAGAUAGCAGAGUGUCUGCUGAUCCCCUGGCCCAACAGGAUGGUGGAGAAUGAGUUUGUGAACAUCCACUCCAGGUUCUUCCUGGACUGUCCCAAUGAGGCGCUGAGCGACCCCCCACCCAGCAUCGUAUUUGCCCUGGUGAUGACCCCCAUCUGCCUCAUCCCCAUCAUGGUGGUCCUGGUGGUGCUCAAGACCAAGAACGGAGAUGGCAGCUCCUGAUAGGACGUCCUGGAUCAGUCCUCAUCCACCCUGCCUCACCUCCAUGUUCAGACUCACUCUCUCUAUCCCCUGAGGAUUCAAGACUGGGGCCAUUGACUCAACUAUCUUACAGAGAACUGCUUAUCAUCUUACACCCACUGAUGAUUGGCUUAGCUCUGUGGAGUCCUAUCAAAACAAUCUCACAGCACAAACACCUUACACAUGACCUUUUUGGAUGCACUGAUACAGAAUAAGUAGUACCACAUGGGCAUCAUCCAAGGAUUUACAUUAUACGCUUUAGUACUUACAGGGGUUCGAGAAAGGGUCUGUCUGUGUUGUGUAACGUGUCAGGUCAAUAUCCUCAGAGUUGCUUCUUGAAAACUCAUCUUCUCCUCAUUCGUCGAUGCUCCUCUAACUAAAAGUGGUGACAGCUAUGUAAAUGUUUAAACUCCCUACACAUCUUAGCAAAGUAUUUAAGAUAGUAGGGUUUAUGGACUUCUCACUCAGACAUUCCAUGUCAUUCUUGACAAUCCAUUCCAUGACCAUCUCCAUCCUGUCCCAGAUCUGAACCCUAACAGCGACUAUGCUAAAAUAGUUACAUGUUUUUAAAUAAUUGUUUUAUUUUUAUAUAUGCGAUUAAAGAAUGGCAAAAGUUGGGAUAUUCUUCAGCACUUGUGGAAUUGUUGUGGUUAGGGGAGGAUGACAGAAGCUGUAAAGCUUGCUAAAAUGACGUCAAAGAGAUUUUGUUAUUGGAAUUCCUACCCUCUGGCUGGGAAAACGUGAGUCUCGCAUUGCUGGACAUUCCGAUUGAGUUGAAAACCAAAGACAAAGGCAUUCUGUUUGAGGAAUUCCCACUCUCCAUUUACUGUACACUCAGAAAAAGAGGUGCUAUCUAGAACCUAAAAGGGUUCUUCGGCUGUCCUCAUAGGAGAACCCUUUGAAUAACCCUUUUUUAAUUCCAAGUAGAACCCUUUUGGGUUCAAAGUAGAACUCUUUCCACUGAGGGCUCUACAUGGAACCCAAAAGGGUUGUGCCUAGAACGAAAAAGGGUUAUCCUAUGGGGACAGCCGAAGAACCCUUUUGGAAUUUUUUUUUCUAAGAGUGUAGUUAUCCCUAUAGGAUCUCCAUCAUGUCUAUUUCUAUAUGUAACUACAGAACAAAACGUAAUGUACCCUCUCACUUGGCAGCUUUCCUGUCUUUGAAUGUGUUGUGUGUAUAUUGGAAUUGUAUGAGGCUUCUGGAGAGCCCUCCUUGGCCUGCCUCCGAGUGUAGGGUUUAGAAUGUAUGGGGUGUGGGGUGGGCGUAGGAAGGCCAUGAGGAAGGGGUUUGGCCAAGCAUCAGUCUGUGAGGAAGGUUGGGGUCAGGAACUAGACACAAUGGGUGGGUAGCCUACGCCCAACAUGUACCCUAUGAGAUCUGUUUCCAGGAAUUGUCUAUUUCCUAGCCUCAACCCCUCUCUCUCCCUCUUGACAAUGACGGUCCCCACUGUCGCCCAUGAUGAGCCAGUCGACGCAUGCCUGAAAGAUGAAUCAAGCAUUAAAUCAAAAGACUACAAACAUUUGGUCUCCCCCCUGGCUCAGUGUAGCAAUGAGCACUGACACUGACUGAAGACAGAAGGAAAAACAAAUGUCUAUCUUUCCUCUACUUAAACUGUGUAAGAACUGUUUGUUUUAUUUUUUAUUAAACUGUCGUGAAUGACACUGAAAGCAUUGUAGUGCAUUCAGUUUCAGAAACAAAGAAAUAUGUAUGCUUAUGUAUUGUAUUUCUGCUCUUACUCUGGUCAUAAGAUUUACUGGACUGUCUGUGAGAGGGGUGUGGGUCUUAGUCAAAGCAUAGCCUCUUUUCUUACACAUAGUACUGUAUAUAAUUAUAUUUUGCAAUUAAAUACUAUGUUAAAGCCAAA